AUGGCUCAGCUCGUCGUGGUGGCAGAAAAUGCUCUUCUGCCCGGGGAAACACACCCACGCCCAGCGAAGCUGACCGUGGAUCUCGAAUCCGGCAGGAUAAGAAAUGUGCAAGAUGGAAUUGUCGAUAUCGAGGACAAAGACGGGGUCGAGAUUCUAAGAGUGACCGAUGAGGACGUAUUGCUUCCUGGACUGAUAGACUGUCAUGUGCAUCUCAAUCAACCUGGACGCACAGAUUGGGAAGGCUUCCAAACAGGUACCCUAGCAGCCAUAUCUGGCGGAGUGACUACCCUGAUUGAUAUGCCACUCAACUCUAUACCACCCACAACCACGGUCGCCCAUCUGAACGAGAAGAGGGAAGAAGCGCGUCGAGUAGGAAUGAGCUGCGAUCUUGGUUUCUGGGGAGGCAUCAUACCUGGAAACAGCUCCGAACUGAGGGGAUUGCUAAAGGAAGGAGUCAAGGGAUUCAAAUGCUUCCUGAUCGAAUCUGGCGUCGAGGAAUUCCCAUGUGUUGGCGAAGAAGAUCUGUUGGAAGCGUGCAAUGCUCUCGAGGGCACCAACGCCUUGAUUCUCUUUCAUGCCGAACUUGAUUCCUCCCCGUCUCAAUCCGAUACAAACAGCUGCGAGCAUCCGGAACGAUAUAGCACCUUCCUUCGAUCACGACCACCCGCUCUCGAACUCGACGCCUUGAGCCUCAUACUCAGAUUUGCCAAACAAUUUCCCUCCCUUCGCUUUCACAUCGUCCAUCUUUCAGCAUCUUCAGCUCUACCGGUCAUUCAGCAUGCCCGAGAAGAAGGCAUGCAGAAUCUCACCGUGGAGACUUGUUUCCAUUAUCUGACCCUUUCAUCUGAGGAUAUCCCGGAGAAUCGUACUGAAUACAAAUGUUGUCCUCCUAUUCGAGACGAGGUCAAUCGACAAGCCUUGCUACAAGGAGUUAGGGACGGUAUCAUCGAUUUCGUCGUCUCGGAUCAUAGUCCCUGUACACCUGAAUUGAAGAAGGGCGAUUUCCUCUCGGCUUGGGGCGGUGUUUCGAGCUUGGGUCUCGGACUACAACUGCUCUGGACAGAACUAGGAGGCCAAGGUCAACAGGACUUACCGUGGGGACGCAUUGUCGAUUUGCUGUGCGCUAGACAGGCCAAGCAAGUUGGCAUCGACGAUCGCAAAGGAGGCCUGGCUAUCGGCAAAGAUGCCGAUUUCGUGAUUUUCAGUCCGAAACAAGCUACACAUCUCGAACAGAGCCAUCUUAAUUUCAAGAACAAAAUGUCACCCUAUGUUGGAAAACGUCUCAAUGGAUCAGUCAAAGCAACUUAUAUCAGGGGGCAGCAGGUGUGGGACGGGUCCCAAGGCAAAGCAUUGGAUCCCAAACGGGGUCACUUCAUCUGA